AUCACUUUUACUCCAACCAUGUACCAUACCUUUUGUAUGUUCUUAUAGGAAGAUUGGGAUUUCCUGCAACUGCAGUGCGCCCUCUACAUCAGCAGUGAGACGACAGGAAUUCCACUGAACAUGCAGCCCAAGAAACCCACAAGAGGAUUUUGUCAGAGGUUAAAGGGCAAGCAAGGGCGUUUCCGUGGAAAUCUAUCGGGCAAGAGGGUAGAUUUUUCCAGCCGAACUGUUAUUUCACCAGAUCCUAAUCUACGCAUUGAUGAGGUAGCUGUACCUGUUCAUGUGGCAAAGAUUCUAACCUAUCCAGAAAAGGUCACAAAUUACAAUAAGAAGUUGAUGCAGAAACUUGUGACAAAUGGAGUUGAUGUACAUCCAGGAGCAAACUUUAUCCAACAAAGAUUUACAAACGUGAAAAAGUUUCUUAAGUAUGGCAACAAGCAGAAAAUUGCUCAAGAAUUGAAGGUAGGAUGUCCUCAUGAUAAAUAUUCAUAUUUAAAAUACUCCAUUUUUCCCCCAUAUAAUAAUCAUGUGAUUAAAAUGAUAUUCUUAUUUUUGCUAUUUAUAUUCACAUAA